UCUUAUCGACAUUUGGUAUUAGUCAGUUUGUUGAAGAACCUCUUCCGAAACGCAACUAGGAUAAAUAUUAUUAUCUGUUCGUUUUUGAAUUUGCAUCUCUGUAAAAAUAUUGUUCUUAGGUAUUUUGUGUAAGUUGAGUGAAAUAUGGAAGGCAAGUGCAUUUCUUCUGAUAAUAAAGAAAACAUUGUCUCUUCCCCGUAUACAGGGGGAAUCCGUGGAAGAAAAUUUCAUAAAGACAAAAAACCUUCUUUGUGCAAUAGAACACCAACCCCUGUACCUAGAAGAAAAAUUGUCGGCCGUGUUCUACUUCCUAACAAAUGCGAUCUCGGAUCUCUAAAGUGUAAAAAAGAAUCUAGAACCCAGAAAACCAGUGAUUACGGCAAUGAAACUUACACCAGUAAGGGGAAUGGAGAGCUUUCACAAUCGGAAAAACCAUCACAAAAAACCACAGCCAACUUACAGCUGGAAAGUACAGUCCAAAGUUUCGAUUCAUCAUCAGCAUUUUAUUCUGUCGAUUGCACAAGUCCCACAGAGAAAACCAAAACCCAAAAUACAGAAAAAUGUGUGACCAAUGAUGAAGAAGUUCUAGAUUGGCGUGAAGUGUUGGAAAAGUUCAAAGAACAUAUUAAAAACUCCACUUCCAGAAGCUGGGAAGAGAAUGAAGAACUUCCAAAAGAAAAUAUGGAAAAAGUUGUCAAGCAGAAAAUAAAAAAUUCUUGCUACUCGAAUAAACUGAAAGAAAUACAAACUAUGAGCAAUAGUAUGUCAAUUUGUGACAAUAUGACAAACAUGGAAAAUGUUGGGACUGAUAUUAAGGAUAUUUCAAGAAAAACUGCGAAGAAAGAAAACGCCGAGUUUUCUCAAUCAGAAGAAUCACCAAAUACUAAAUUACAGAAACGAACUUCUACACAUAGCGAAAUGGCAAUCCAAACUAUGGAUUCACCUCCAACCCUCUCAACAAUUGGUACGGAAAGUCCAACAGAAAAAAUAAAUGACCCAAAUUCAGACCAAUAUAAUUCGAGAUGCGGUGACAAAAAGGUAUUAGUUUUUAGUGAAUUUUCCAGUAAAUAUCUCCAUAAUAAUAGUACAAAACCCAAUUUUGAAGGCUUGGAAGAAGAUAAGGAAACUCCGAAAGGAAAUAUCGAAAAAGCCAAGCAUCAAGACAUGAGAGCAUUCCACCACAAUAAAAAACUGAGAGCCAUACAACAGGAACCUUGUCCUGAUAAUUUCGAGGCAAAAUCUGAAAAAACUAAUGCGGAAGAAGUUGAAAUUUCUAAUUCGAAACCCAACUUGACGAAUGCUGUGUCCGCUACUAAACAUGUAUCGAGAAGAUUCAUGAUCGGUAAACAGAUGAGGAUCGGCAAAAAAGUUGUACGCAAGAAUGAAACUGCUCCAGUAAAGGAAAUAUCGGAUUUGGGUACAUACGAGGAUUUUAAAAAAUACCUUCUUCGUAGGGCCAAUCUCAAAUGCACAUUUAUGAGGGAUGUCGAUGAUGUUGAUGAUUAUGAAGAUUUUAAAAGAGGUAUCAUUGCAAAUAAUGGUCAAAUAAUAAGAGAUUUAAAUAGCUCUUUAUUGGUUGGUGUUUGCUGAUUUUUUUCGUGAGGAUUCUCAGGAGUUUGAGAAUUCAACUUUUUGUUCCACAUAAAAGAAAUAUUAUGCAGAAUUAAUUUUUGUUCAUAUCAUGUUUCGUGACUUCAUUAAAUCAGAAGAUAAUUUUCUGAGUAGGUUUAUCAAAUUGUCUCAUUAUAUCAAAAAGUUAACGAAUCUUCAUUUGGCUUGUUCCAAGUAGGUAUACUUGUUUAUUAUAUUUCUAAGGUAAUAUAUUUCUGUAGUUUCUCAUGUUACAUUUAAUUUUGUAUGUUAAUAAUUUUCACACAUGAACACGUACUUUUGUUUUAUUGAAUGAAUAGUAAAUGUAAGUAGAUGUUAAAAUAUGUAGCCCGAAAUUCUUCCAUCUGUUCCAAUUUUUUUUUGUAGGUUCAACAAUUCAUAACAUGAAUAGAGAAAUUGAAAUGAAUAACUGAUUGAAUAUUUCUGUUACUUCUCGUACAUUAUCAAUUAACUCAUUAUAAUAUCCUUUUAUUAAUUAUUCAUUUUCUCAUGAAUGUACUGUGAUAUAGAGCGUUUAUUUACAGAUUAUUAUAAGAUUGAUAUUUUGUCCCUAUUCUGUAAGAACUCGAUUUGGUUAAUAAAUUUCUUUGUUUAUUUGAA